UGUUGACCCCCACACUCCCUCACUUCAUUUCAAUAUUACCCUGCAUAGCCCCAUUCUCUGGCUAGCUUUUCUGAUCCAGAAAAACAAUGAAGAUCUUCAAUUGGGUGCACAAGAGGUUUCAUCAUAACACUCUGAAAGAUGGGUUUGCUUCAAACAUGAAAAAGACUGAACCUACAGUUAACAACGCUGAUAGUCAAGCUUUGCUGAAACAAGUUGCUCUCACUGAAUCACUUAGUGGAUGGGAAGAUGGAAUUCUAACCAUUGGCACUCUUGGCUAUGAUCCCUUGAAGUCCAUCAACCAUCACAAGGAAUACUUUGCUUUGGAAAUCGAAGUUGAACAAGAAGAUGGUGAGGGGGAGAACAUGAUGGUGGAUGAGGAGGAGGAAAAGUGCUACAAUGCUGAGCACGAGGAACUGAAUCCGUUGAUAUACAACUCAUUUGAGCACAACUUUGAGGAUCAUGUAGGUUGUGAAAACCAUGAUGAUGAUGUGGAUGUGGUUAGGAGCUUCAACGAAAUUGUUGUGGCUGCUCCACCUGUGAUUUCUUAUGAAUCAAACGAUGUGGAGGCUAAGAAGAAAGGGGAAAGGAUCACAUUGGCUGACCUAUUCUUGGCUGAUUCUGAUGUUAAGAUGAAGCUUGACCCUGCCAAAGUGUGUCACCUUGCUUCAAGUGAAAAACCAAACCUUAAAGCAAAGCAUGGACUCUCUUUUGCCAAGAAGCUCAUUCCCCGUGUUAAGGACAAUCCCCAUCCAAUGAAAGAUAUCAAAAAACUGAUGAAGAAGAUGUUAAAGAGGAAAAUCCACCCGGAUCUUGAUGUUAAGAAUCUCAAACCCGAAGGUGAGGAAGUGAGUCCAGCAGGAUUAAACAUUGAUAAUCACGUGAAUGAAGGCAAUGACUCAAGUUAUUUCCUUCAGAUUUAAGGUACUAGCUAGUGUUGAGCUGCUGGGAGUAUCACUGUUUAAUUAUCUGGAAACGUAGAUUUGUUUAUGAUAUAUGUAAGAUUAAAUACUUAGAUUUUGCUCUUGUUUUUUUAUGACCAAUGCAUUGAACCCAUGUGAUUCUGUAAUUUGUGUUAUCCUUUGUUACUGUUGGCUUUAGUUUAAUUUGACGUAAGGAGUGGAUAUGUCUCUAGUAUCUCUGCCUGUGGUUGAGGUUUA